CGGAAGUGAAGCAGGUCCGGUUUCCAGGUUUAGUCUUAGUUCGGCUGAAGUCGGUCCAGUCGGUCCAGCUGAGAUGACCAUCGGAACCGCUUCAUGAGCCGAUCAGGACUCAGUUACCCAGCAGGCGAGGCGCGGACCGGCGGCGGCAUGGAGCGGGACGGUGAAAUGGAGGGUGUGAGUCCGUCCCCAGGCCUGGGGAAAUCUAAGCUGGACACGCUGUCCAAAGACGACCUGAUCAAGUUUGCGAAGAAGCAGAUGGCUGUGAUGCAGAAGCUGAAGUCGAAAUGUUCAGAUUUGGAAAAGGAAGCUGAAGGUCUAAAGGCCCGUCCGAGUGGCAGUUCAGACACCGCAGGUGUGAUACAGGAGCUGACCGAGAGGAUGGACGCUGUGCUGCUGGAGAAAGCCGAGACCCAGCAGACCCUCGUGUUGCUGCGCAAAGAGAAUGAGAAGGUGAAGAAGCAGGCAGAGGAGGCGCUGGAAAACGUCUCUGCCCUGCAAGAAAAACUGGACCACGCCAAAAAAGAGCACAUGGAGAAGAUGAAGGUCAUGGAAAACAACUUUGAAACCUCUGAAGCAAAAUACAGAGAAGAGCUGGAGCGCUCUAAGAACCGGGAGAGCGAGCAGAAGGAGAGCGAGGAAGCCCGGAGACAGAGGCUAACGGACGAGUUUAAUUCCAGUGUAGAAGCCAUUCGGCGAGAAUAUGAGAAAACGAUCUCUGGCUUGCAGCUGGAUCUGGAAACAGCCAAGAAAGAGUGGGCUGCUGAAACUGAAGCUCUGACGGAAUCUCACAAAACGGCGCUCCGGAAAUCUCAGGAAGAUCUGGAAAGCCUGCACGAGGAGAUCACGAGGCUGAGCAAAGAGCACGAGGCCGAGCUCAGAGACCUGGAGGAGCAGCUUCAGGAGAAUGCGGCGCACUUUGAAAUGGAGAGGGAGCGGCUGCUGUUGAUCCAGGAGGAGCUGUCGGAGCAGCUCGCGGUGAAAGAGAGCUUCCUCCAAGAUGUCCAAGAGGAGGAAGAGGACCUCAAUAAGAACGGAGCCCAGAAGGCCUCAGGAACGAUGGAGACGGUGGAUUCCUCAGCGCUAGAAGAACCAGAGAAUGAGACGGACAGGCUGAGGUUAACACUGCAGGACCUACAGUCCCAAAACACGAUGCUUCAAGAGGAGCUCACGUUCCUCAGCAACGUGAAGACUGAGCUUGAGAGCGAACUGCAGCAUCUGAAAGAAGAGUUCACCGUGGAGAAGGAGGAGCUGGAGUUCAAGAUUAACGAGCUGCAAAUGACCAAAGAAGACACCUGUCCGGAGAAGGACGCUCCUGCUGAUAAUGAGCAGGGAGCUGUAAGUGUGGCCCAGCAUGAGCAGCAGCUCCAAGCGUUAAAAGAGCUGCACCAAACAGAAAUGAAAGAUCUAGAGUCUCGCCUGAACUGCAGCACCGAACGUGAAAAAGAGGUUGUUAUGGAGCUGAAAGAGUGGCACUUUAAGUGUGAGGUGCUUUCCGAGGAGAAGAACGCUGUGAUGGGUGAAUAUGAGCACACCAAGGAGAUACUCCGGAACAUUGAGGUGGAGCUCGGAGAGAAAACAAGUGACUUUGUGAAGCAGUACAACGUUAUGAAAGAGCAAGCAGCGUCGUCCAUCCAGGAGCUGCAAGAGCAGCUAACCGAGAAAGACAGAUUGUUAGAGGAACUGAGAAGUUCUCUGACUGGUUCUCAAACAGUCCUGAGCGCGAAUGAAGAUCUCCCACAACCUCAGCUGCAGCAAGAGGAAGGUUUGGCUCCAGAGGUUUCAGAAAACCUUCUGGCUGUGACCUCAUACGAAGAGAAGCAGGUGCCACCUGAGGAAAUAACAUCAGAUAAAGGAAACAAAGGUGAAUUUGGACAGACGGACACUGCCCAGCUCAGUCUUCAGAAGUUGGAGGACCUGUCAGCAGCUCUGGAGGGUUCCUUAGUGGAGAAGAACAGGCUUACGAGCUGUGUAGCUGAUUUAGAGGCCCAACUGUCCACCACCAUUGCUGAAAAAGACCAACUGGCCAAACACUGCAGUGCCUUGGAAGAGGACUGUGCUGCUCUUCAGGCCACGGAGGAGCAGACUAAAGCAGCUCUCGGGCAACUCCAGACGAUCACGGAGGAGAAGGCUGAGCUACAGAAAGAUCUCCAGUCUGUGUUAGAAGAUAGAGAUGCUCUGAGGAAGGAGCUGGAAAUGAGUAAUCGAAGGCUUCUCAACGCACAAGCACACGUCUCUGAGAUACUGCUUCAGAGCUACUCUGUGACCUCAGGAGGAGACGAUGAGAUUUCUGUGCUGCUGGACCAGCUCCUGUCCAGAGUUCAAGAAGAAAAGACUAUUUUGAUGCAGCAGCUUGAUGAACAGGCGGCACAGCUGACCGAGAUGCGCUCUCAGGAGCGAGAUGGCCGUCUAAACGAAGACACGGGAAGUCUGCGGGAAGACCACGCUGAAACGGAGACCCAGUGCGAGAAGCCUUCUCAGGUCACUGAGGUCGUUGAUGAGCUGGUGGUCAAAGAACUUCAACCUCCAGACGAAGCAGGUGCUCAACAAACUGAUGACAUGAAAAGUUUCCAGCAGAAGCUCAGCGAGAAGGAGUCCAUCAUCUCCCAGCUGAGGGAAGAAAUCGCCCAUCUGCAGGAAUCCAGAUCGUCCAGCCUUCAUGAGAAUAUGAGGCAGAUGGAAAUCCUGGAGAAGGAGAGUAAAGAGAAAGACGAACGCAUGAAUAAAAUCAAAGCUGUAGCUGUGAAGGCCAGGAAGGAGCUGGAGAUCAGCAAGAAGGAGGCUUCUGAGCUGAAGGAGCAGCUGGAGGCUCUGAAGGCUGAGCGGGAGAAGCUGUCAGACUCGAUGAAGGGCAUCAUUCACGGUGCUGAGGACUACAAGAAUCUCAUGAUUGAUUACGAUAAGCAGACGGAGCUGCUGGAUAGAGAGAAGGAGAAAGUGGACGCAGCCGAGAAACUGAGCGCAGACUUGACCAGACGACUGCAGGCGGCUGUCGAACAGAAUAAGCAGCUGCUGUCUGAGAGAGAAGACCUGAUGGCCCGCGUGGAGACUCUCCAGAGUAACGUCCGACAGCUGGAGGCUCAGACGCUGGAGCUGCACAAGCUGAAAUCUGGGCUGGAGAGAGACCUGGAGACGGAAAGGCUUUUAAAAGAGCAGAAAACAAAGGACCACCAGGCGGCCGUUAAGGAAUCUGAAGAGCUGAACGCUUUACUACAGAAACAGAAGCAGCAGCUCCAGCAGACGGAGCAGCAGCUGGAGCAGCUCAGAAAGGAUGUCCAGCAGAGCGCCCUGUUGGACAUGGAGAUGGCCGAUUAUGAGCGGCUGGUUAAAGAGCUGAACCACCAGCUGUCCGAGACGAACAGGCAGAUAGAGGAGCAGGAGAGUCGCGCUGAGGCUCAGAGAGACCGAGAGGAGAAGCUGUUGCAGGAGAUCGCGUCUCUAAAAUCACUGGCAGAUAACGCAGAAGAAAAGGCCUCAAAGAUAAAGCAGCUGCUGGUGAAGACCAAGAAGGAUCUGGCGGAUGCCAAGAAGGAAGAAGCGUCUCAGAUGAUCGUACAGUCUUCUCUGAAAGGAGAGCUGGAGGCCAGUCAGCAGCAGCUUGAGAGCUAUAAGAUUCAGUGCAGCGACCUGACCGCAGAUCGGCACCGACUUCAGGAGCAGCUCAAGUCGGCGAACGACCACCAUCAGAAGGUGUUUAGCUCAUACCAGCACCAGCUGAGCGCUUUACAGGACGAGCUCAGCUCCAAAAAGGCUGAACUUGAGUCCACGCUGUUGGAGUUUGAGGGCUAUAAGGUGCGGGUCCACAACGUUCUGAAGCAGCAGAGGAGCAGGAGCUCCACUCAGAGCGAUGCAGAGUUCUCCAAACAGGAGAGGGAGCACAUGGAGACGAUGCUGGAGCAGCUGCGCUCCAAGCUGCAGGAGAGUCAGCUGAACCUGCAGAGCGGCACCGCGGAGCUCCAGCAGCUUCACGCGGAGCACGACACGCUCCUGGAGCGCCACAACAAGAUGCUGCAGCAGACGGUCACGAAGGAGGCUGAGCUGAGAGAGAGGGUUCUGUCCCUGCGCUCGGAGAACGUGGCCCUGAGGUCUGAGCACAGUCAGUCGGUGUCUCAGCUCACGGCUCAGGCGGACUCUCUGCGCAGCAGCUUCAGGGAGCAGGUGCACCACCUGCAGGAGGAACACCGCAGCACCGUGGAGACGCUGCAGCGGCAGAUCAACAGUCUGGAGGCCCAGCUGUUCCAGCUGCAGAAGGAACCGGCCAGCACUGGUUCGGCCCCUGUGCAGCAGAGCAGGAAACCCCAGGCGGACAGGAAGCUUACGGAGCUUCCUCUGUUUGACCUGCAGGGCAUGGCUCGGGAGGAGGGGGAGGGAAUGGAGAUGACGGAGACAGAGUCCGUUUCCACAGCAGGUACCCCCCCGCCCACGCUCGAGCAGCUCCUCACCUCCCCAGACCCCAAGCAAGAGCCCUUUGUGUGGCAGGUCGAACCGUCUAAGGAGGAACUGAGUCAGAAACUCAGCACGGCGAGUCGCAGCGUGGAGCACCUGAACAGCUUACUGCACGAGAGCGAAGCCACCAACGCCGUCCUGAUGGAGCAGAACAGCCUCCUGAAGAGCGAGCUGCGGCGUCUGGAGCGGAAUCAGGAGCGAGAGAAAUCGGUGGCCAACCUGGAGUAUCUGAAGAACGUGCUGCUGCAGUUCAUCUUCCUGCGCUCGGGCAGUGAGAAGCAGGCGCUGCUGCCCGUCAUACACACCAUGCUGCAGCUCAGCCCCGAGGAGAAGAGCAAGCUGGCCGCCAUCGCUCAGGGUGAAGAGGAGGCUGCAGCUUCCAGAGGAUCAGGAUGGACCUCAUAUCUUCACAGUUGGUCUGGAAUCAGAUGAGACAGAAGCCCCGAACCAACACACGCCACGCUGGCCGUCCACGCUGGCCGUCCACGCUGGCCGUCCACGCUGGCCGUCCACACACAUCUAUUCAGCUACAUUUAUGCAUAAUUGUAUAGAGAUAUCUCAGAGAAUCUGCAGACGCCUGUAUUUUUAUAUGAAGAGUAUGUUACUGAUUCGGCACAUCUGAGCAGUUUGAAGGGAACGUUAUGGGCUGUAUAUGCGAGGCAUUAAUGAUUGUGUGAUUAGUUAUAUAACAGAUUCCUCUAUUUUUCCUCUGCUUUUUAUUUUACAUUUCUUUUUGGGGUAGUACAGUUUUAAUGAUUUUUCUUCUGACCUGCAAAGCAUGAAGUUAAUGACCAAUGUUGUUUAGAUUGUAGAGAAAGCUUCUGUCCUCUGGGGGCUUUCAGUAGCUGCGACGGCAGAAACGGAGCCAAACAUUCAGCCUGAAUGUGGAGAGGGUCUUUAAUUUAUGUCAUUUCCUCCCUGUCAAUGUGAAUCUGGUGUGUGUUGUGAUGUCAGUUGGGUGAGAUGGAGUGUCAAGGCCUGUUAGACUUAAACACCGGUAAGACUUGAA